CCUAACAAACACGUUUCUACUUCUGCUCUUUCUUUUCUAUCGUCUUCUCUCUCAACAAACUCUGCCGCCGCCCUCUCUUGACCACCACCACAACCACCUCGACGUCCACUCUGCUGUCGAACUCUAUGGCCAAACUCUGUUGCCGCCUCCUCCGCAUCAGCCUCAUCGAUAUCACCCUCGUCGCCAUGCCCUUCACUCUCCAAUAGCGCAGCAGCCUCAUCGAUACCACCAACCUUACGGAUCCGACAAGCUCUUCGCCGACCCCACUCCUCGCGGCCUCAAGCUCGGCCGCCGCUUGUCCCCUUGUUUCUGUACUUCCACGAUCGGAAGUUCCAUCUUUGGAUCCAAUCUCAACUGAAGGUCUCUUUUUUGUCUGAAACUUUCAGCUUUCGGUUUGAUCUUUACUGUUUCUUUUCGAAGGAAGGAAAAAGGGGAGGUGUUUGGUCGUGGUCGCUUCUGGUGUCGAUUUGCAGCAAAGCUAAUCAAAAAAAGGAAAAAAUCAUGCUUCACAGAAAGAGCUGCAUUCAAGAAACUUACUAUGACAUUUUAUCUGUGAAAGAGGAUGCAACUUACGAAGAAAUCCGCAGUUGCUACCGAUCAUCAAUUCUCAACACUCACCCUGAUAAGUUGCAAAACGCGUCCGAUAGUUCUCCAGCGGAGAGUGGAUCAGGGGAUAUGUUUUUCAAGGUUCAAAAGGCUUGGGAAAUACUCAGUGAUUCAAGGUCGCGGGCACUUUAUGAUAGUGAGCUUCGGGCUUCAAGACAGGAUGAUAUUGUAGCUGCAAAAGAUGUCAGCUUAGAAGAUAUGGCCUUUGAAGAUGGGGGAGAUUUCAUUGAGCUUUUUUAUCAGUGUCAAUGUGGUGAUUAUUUCUCUGUCGAUUCUUUGGAAUUGGGGAAAAUGGGGUAUUCUUUGUUGAGGGAUGGGAGCAAUAUAUCUCCGCAAACAAGGGAUGGUUUGCCAGCAUCAAUUGUUCUUCCUUUUUAUUUGCACAAGGGAGUUCAAAUGCAAAAGCUUCAAGGAGACAAAAUCCGCAUGAGAUUUUGAAUUUCGUUCUUUUCUACUUUAGACCUUUCGUUUCUCUUUGAUAGGCCUCCUUUGAGGUUCACUUACACGCGAAAGAGAAAGGCUGAUAUGAAAAAGGGUAGGGACUAGGCUGCUGAGUUGGAUAGGACACCUGCGGUUUCGGUGGGUGACAGGACCGUUGAGUUGGCAGAAGAAGGAAAUGAGAUUGGGAGCCAUGAUGUGGGAGCAAAAGGAGGAAGUGAUGGAACGUGUGAAAGGCCUGAGUGCAUUAGGAUUGGGGUUAGUUAGUUAGUUAGUAGCAGGGAAUAAAAUGUGAGCAGGACCUAGGGAUGGGUAACGAUCAUCUUGCUCAGUGAGAAUUUAGUUGAGCCUUGGCUCUAGGGAGUUUAAGGGGUCUCUCGAAAAUCCCCACAUCUUGUAUUCCUUCCUAUUUUCUCAUUAGUAACAUCAAUAUAAUUUCUGUUGAUUUGAUCAAUUUCUUGUUAGUUGCUCUUAAAAUUGUUAUUCUCUUGCUGGUUCCUAUCAAAUUGGUGUCAGAGCAAGAUCUAGGAUGGUGUCGUCGAAGAAAGUUGACGAGAAGGUUGAGGGGGUGCGUGAGGAGGUUUAGAAGGAAAUGGAGGGCUUCAAGGAAGAGUUGUUGAAGAUUUUCAAGGUGGAGAAGAGUCUGGGGUGGUGAUUGGGAAGUUAGACGAGCUGGUGCGUUAGAAAGGGGAGUCUGGUCGGAAUAGAGCCCGACGGUGAUUGGUUCACCGCUAGGCCAAUCGAUAGAGAUCGGGGCGAGUUCGGAGAAGAACUUGAGUUCCAAGGAGGUGGAAGUGCGGUCCGAUUGUCGAGUACGGAGGGUUGAGAUGCCAGUUUUUGAGGGCCUGAAUCAGGACGGAUGGAUAUUCAGAGCUAAACGGUUCUUUUCUAUGAGCCGUUUGAGUGAAGUGGAGAAACUAGAAUCAGCCGUGGUCAGCUUGGACGGAGAAGCUCUGGCCUGGUUUCAGUGGAUAGAUGGAAGGCACGCGAUCCACAAUUGGGCCGAAUUGAAGCUGCUUAUACUUGAGUGAUUUAGGUCGACUCAGGUGGAAGCUAGUGCGAGAAGUUCUUGGUGCUCUGGCAAGAGACCACCGUUCGGGAAUAUCGGUGGCAGUUUGAGGUGAUGGAGGCGUCGUUGACGGACAUGUCGAAACAUGUGCCCGAGGGGCACUUUAUUAAUAGGUUGAAGCUAGAUGUGAAGGUUGAAGUUAGGAUGAUGAAGCCUUUUGGAUUGGGCCGAAUCAUGGAGAUGGCCCAAAGAAUGGAUGACCGGAACCAACACCUUAGGGAGACCUGAAUCCACUCGACCUCACUUGGGCCUUGGGCUAGAGGUUCACAAAUUGGACAAACCCAAGCUACAAGAGGGGUCUCCACUAACCCUAUUCGUAACACUUCCUUGGCGGAGAGACCUAUUGGGAGCGACGCAUCCUCUUACAAGAAACUUACCGAUGUCGAGCUUUAGGAGAAACAGGAUAAAGGGCUAUGCUACCGGUGCGACGAGAAGUAUACACUCGUCACCGCUGUCUGAAGCGGGAAUUGCAAGUGCUCGUGGUCAGGGGGGAGGAACUGACGGACUACCCAGGGACUGAGGAGGAGGACGCGGCGGAAGGGGAAAAGCUGGUGGAGCUUUCCCUAAAUUACGUGGUUGGCCUGACAACAUCAUGCACUAUGAAAUUAAGAGGGGCCAUUGGAGCAUAAGAGGUCAUUGUCUUGAUCGAUUGUGGUGCAACCCA